AUGGCAGUGGAAGAUGUUGAGCCCACUGAAAGCAAUGUUGUUGUGUUACCUCCAUCAGAACCGUUAAAGGAACUUCAUACCACUUUGAGAAAUAAGUAAGUUUUUAUAUUUUAUUAGAUUUUUGCUUUUAGGGCUUUAAAAUAGCAAUAAAAGGCUUAAAAUGGCGAUGAAAGUUUUGUUUGAGCUGAAAACAAGGUGUUACAUGAAAAACCUUGUUAUAGAUAUCAAAUGAGUGGUUUUUGGUAAACUUUAUUGCUAAAACGAUACAAAGGGGGCUGUUAUUAUUGUCUACAGAGAAGAUUUGCCCCUCGUUUUUAUUGCUUAUGGCAGUUGAUUUUAUUCUGUAUAUAAGUCUACCAUAAUAUUUACGAAGUUCAUAUUCAAAUGUCCUUUUACUUCAACCCACAAUACUCUUUUAUAUAACUUUAUAAAUUUUAGAGACACAGAUCAUUCUGAUUUUGUAUUUUCGGCCGAUCGCCUAAUGAGACUAGUGCUGGAGGUAGGGCUGAACAGAUUACCUUAUUAUCCUUGCCAAAUUACCACGCCCACUGGACAUUCCUAUGAAGGGAUACAAUUUGCUCAUGGAAAUUGUGGUGUUUCCGUUUGUAGAAGUGGCGAAGCGAUGGAACAGGCCUUGAGGCAAUGUUGUCGGUAAGCUUUGAUACAUUAAGGCCGGGAAAUUUUAAAUUUGAAUAUUUUAAAGUAAAAUAUCUUUAUGUGGAGCAGAGGUACCGAGUUGACGUUUUAAUUACGUGUUUUUCUAAUUUCAUUUAAAAUUAGUAUAUCUGUCAAAUUUUGUCAAAAUUAUGAUAAAAGUCACAUCAUUAAGUACCUACAAUAAUAUAUCCAAUAUUUCUUGUCAGAUCAAUUCGAAUUGGUAAAAUUUUAAUCAGCGACAAUCAAAGAAUAUUAUAUACAAGAUUCAUGGGCGAUAUUCAUCGAAGACGAGUGCUAUUACUGUACCCAGUACUUAGUACUGGCGUCACCGUGCUUAAUGCCAUUUUAAUGCUCGUGAAGACUUCAAAAGUCCGGGAAGACCACAUCUUUUUGAUCACGUUGUUUGCUAGACACAAAUGUAAGCUUUUGUAUUUUGGAGGAUAUUUUACUCUUAUUAUCCGUGUUCGUAUACGGCUAGGUGUAUAUACCUACAUAACGUAUCCUUAUCUUUUAAAGAUGAGAAAGAAUUAAAAAAUAAAAGAUAAAAGGUGAUUUUAAAAACCUUUUUUUACAGGUAUUGAAGAGAUUUCUAAGCGAUACCCAAAAGUUACCAUUGUGACCAGCGAAAUAUGUGAAAACGUACCAUCGUAUUUCACCACCAAAUACUUUGGAACAGAUUAA